UCCAGCCGGUCAAACACAACCUCCAAUUCCACUUUCAAUUUCAGCUUCUUAAUGCGAAACGCCACGGUGGGAAAUUACAGAAGUUUCUGUCUUUGCGCCUCCCCCUGUAUCUUGUGAGUCCGAAGCUUUUUAAUUUCACUUCAACGCCGCAGUCGGGCAUUUUUCCACCUCGGGACGUUUUUCUGCGACCAGAGCUCGACUUCUUUUGAAACGCAAGAGACAAAAUGUUUUCCUGCCUCUUUCUGCUGAUUUCUUUCCUGAAUAUUCUGCGGUGCUUCCAUGUGUCCGCCUGCGAUUACAGCUGUUCAGAUAAACCUGUGAUAACUCCAUCCAGACUGGUGGUGAAGUUCGGUGAUCCAGCCUCUGCUACAUGUGUAGCCUGUCAGCAGGCCUGUCUUCCCCUGGAUGACAGUGUUAUUAGUAUGGAAGCUUCUCUUGGAACUCCUGACAUAAAUGGAACCAAAGUGACCUGGACAGUGGACCGAAUGACUGAGUGGGAAUUAACUCCAAAGUGCUACUAUACUGACUCGACAAAUCAUCAGUGUUGCACUAGCCUGUCUGUUACUGUCUACAAACCUCCAGAAACUGUGUCCUUCAGCUUAAACCCCUCUGAACCUCUGACUGAGGGUUCAAAGGUCACCCUACAGUGUGAUGUACUGAAUGUCGCUCCUGUUGCAAACCUCACUGUGACCUUUUACAGAGGUCAGACGCCUCUGGAUCAAGUGAAAAGCAACGAUAUUACAGAGAAACCAGUUAGUGAGACAUUUUCUUUGAGCUACAACACCAGAAAAGAAGAUGAUGGAGUUCAGUUCUGGUGUGAAGCGAAGCUGGAACUGGGAGCUGAAGGACCACAGCCCCCUCUAGUGGUGAAGUCAGAGGAGGUCAAUGCUACAGUUUAUUAUGGACCUCAGCUGAAGGUUCCAGCUGAUCCAGCUCCAAUCAGCAUCACCAGAGGAGAACCUCUCCAUUUGACCUGCUUGGCUGAAGGAAACCCCAAACCUCAGUACAGCUGGACGCUGCCGUCCAACAAAGGCCACCGCAGUGGGACCGAUCUGAAAAUCGACUCAGAUGAUGUUCAGGAUGGAGGGCAAUAUGUCUGCACCGUCAGCAACAACGUGAACUCUGUCAUUGUUACAUUUAACGUAACAGUCCAAGAAAACUUCAUUCCGUACAUAAUAGUUGGUGUAGUAAUUGCUGCGGUUGUGAUAUUGAUCGGAGCAGGAGUCAUCUACAGUUUUUAUUACAAACAGAACAAGAUGGGAAAGUACCAACUAAAGGACGUUUUCCGUUUGGGUGCAAUGCAUCCCACCACAGUUCCUCUUUGUUAGUAAAAUCAAAUCCCUGGAAGGACAAUGGCAGGUUGAAGAUUUGCUGCAGUCCUCCGAUCUGAGUCAGGUUGGUGUUGCUGCAGAUUCUCCCUUUUCCCAUCACGGACAUGAAAUACGUUUCACUUUUUGAAUGGAAGUAUUUGAGUAUUUGCUUCCUCCUAGGUGGUUUCAGUGUUGUCAGAAAGUUACAGGAACUCUUUGUAACUUUCUGACAAAAGUUACAGAAAGUUACUUUCUGUAACUUUCUGAAACAUGUAAUCUGAGGGUUACAUGUUUUACUCUCAGGCUGCCAUGGAUUACAGUUAUUUCCUCUUGACUAUUUGUAGUUUGAUGGAUUCUUCAUGAUGAAGGUAAAGGGACACAGUGAUUGCCAAAACUGUCAAUCCAAUGUGAAAGCUCAUAGGAAAUGGUUUAUACUUUGAACUAAGCUCUCAUGCCUGAUGUGAACUUGUUCUAAUCAUUAUUAUUUUUUUUUUUACAAAUACAUAGCUUAUGAUGUUAUUCACCACUUCGCUUAUUUAUUUAGUGUUUCAUUGCCUACCAUUUGCGAGCUGUCCUACUACAUCUGUUCCUUUAUGCUAUGCUAAAAUGUACUUAAAUUUGAUUGAACUCUUAAAAAGUUGUUCUCAUUUACAUACUUUAAUGAGUUAGUCGUCAGAAAGGAACUUUUCUCAUCAAGAAUACUUUUUUUUGUUGUUGUUUUUUCUUUGCUGUGACCACUAUAAUGCACUACAGGACUGUUGUUAUGCUUUGAUUAAAUCAGCUGACAAAAUGCCACAGAUCAACUUUGUGCAUUUAUUUAUGGCCAUAUUUAACUCUAUGAUGGUGCAAGAGCAACGCUGGAAGUGACUAAAUACAUCCGCUGGGAAUUUAUCUCCCCGUCUCUGCUGAAUUUACACAUUCUCACUUCUUGUCUGCUUCUCAUUCAGAGGUCCUCAUAUCUGUUCCAGAUAUGACGAUGUUUCAAUAAAAAUGUUGCAAUAAAAAUGGUAAUGAUAACAUGCUAAACUCACAGCGCCAUAUAGUGGCGUGGUGUGACAACUACAGCUGACUAGGUAUCUCGGCGGUGUGGAACUUUUUCCCAAUCAAUGUCCAAACAUAACGGAAGAAUCCAGGCAGCGGCCUCGUGUAAAUGUAGUCUAUGUUUAGUUCAGAUGGUUAGGAUAUGAGUCUCAGCUCAGUUUUUGUCAUGUGAUACAAAAAUAAUCAAAUUCAGAGUCCAUAAACAGUUCAUAAACUGUUUUAUCUCUGAAUAGUGAAAAUUUUGCCUCCUGCUGUGUAUUUGAAACAGUUUAUGAUGCUGAUGCUUUUGUGACCAUUCUGAUUACUGUUCUGUUAAAAAAAGUGUAUUUAUAUCUGAAUUAUUGUUAUUUGACUUGCAAGUAAUUUGAGAGGGAGUGUGAAAAGGAGAGGGCUCAUUUGAUGAAGACCAACUUCUGUGUGUAAAUCCUGAUGGUGACCUUUAACCCUCUAUUCACUUAAGCGAUUUUCUGAAUCUUUCAGAGGUUGCUGUCAAUUGAAACGUUUAUAUG